AUGGCUGAUGACGGUCCGACCUCAGACAUGGCAGCAGAAGGCACCGCAUGCGGUUUGUCGAGAACCGACACUAGGCCAGCAGUUCCUUCGAAAAGAAGGUGGAACACUUCACGGCAAGUUGACAGCGAUGGAUACAAGGGAGACGACGAGGACGAUGAUUAUGGCGUGUCUGUGAAAAGUGAUGUUGCAGCAGGAAGCGGACAUGCGACUGGAGGUACCACCCCUUCUGGCGAUGCCGAUGUCGAAGCGUAUGUCGCCGCAUACAUGUGCAAGGAGGACGUGGCGUUCAUCAAGACACUUUCAAAGGGCAUACGAACAAAACAGCUCAUCAAGAAACCAAAGACAGCUUCGAGAGAACGAAUUGAAAUCUCAACAGCAUGCGAGUCAACCCUGACCACCCCAGCCUCUGUUGGUGAUGUUAGGAACACGCUUUGCAUUCGCCACCCAUCCGAUACCCUUCCUCCAAAUGCCGUCGGCCAAAGAAACGCCCGGGAUCCAAGUCCUACGUACAACCAAAACACCACAAAUUUGCAAACUCCGAAUCCGACGUAUUCGCCAAAGCGGCUGCAUGCCCGCAUUGAACCUGACUUUGACUUAGACAAUCCCUGCCUCCAGCCAGAAAAUGCUUCAUUUCAGGAAAGUGGUCAAACCACGACUGCACAAGCUCUGGGGCAGCGGCGCCAUGACCACCCUCAACCCGGCUUAGGUUCAGACAAUCCCUGCACCCAGCCAGGAGCGCUAGCAGCGUCAUUUCAGGAAGAUGGUCAAACCAUGGCCACUUCUGCACUAGCUGUGGGCGAUGGCCACAUCCAGCCAUACGCCGUUAGAUCGCGGGAAGAAGAAGAUGAUGUUGAUAUUACGCCGUAUGCCGUUGCCUACAUGUGCCAGGGCGACACUGACAGCACCGAGGAGGACACGAAAACGCCUUCAAGCAGCGACGUCGACACCGACGUGUUGCAGGAUAGCAGGCAGGCGCCCGUGCAGAACACAUUGAACCCGAAUCCGAGGUCCCUGCAAAACGCAUUGAGUCGGAAUCCGAUGUACGUACAAAACGGAUUAAACCCGAAUCCGGUGCCAAACGCUGUUCAAGAAGCUGCUUGUGUGUGUACAUCCCGAUGGGUUUGCGCUGCUGUAACCGCCGCCGUGGUGCUGGUGUUGCUGAUCCUCGUCGGGACCCUUUCCGGGCUGUGCCUCAACACCGGCGAGCAGGGCACUCAAAGGGCGAGCCUGUGUCUUUCAUUCUUCUUCUUUUCAUAUUAA